AUGGGAUACCACCAUAUCACAGACCUCAGCUUAUCUCUUUCAUUCAACAAUGCAAAGCCUUCACCUUUGAUUGCAAACCCCACUAAGCUUUUAGCUUUCAAUCAUGCAAGUACUGCAAAUGAGGGAGGUCAACAGCCAUCAGGGAGUUCACGUUGGAAUCCAACGCCGGAGCAGCUACUGACGCUCGAGGAGCUCUAUCAACGAGGGACACGGACGCCGUCGGCGGCGGAAAUCCAACAAAUCGAGGCGCGGCUUCAGCGGUUCGGGAAGAUCGAAGGGAAGAAUUUCUACUGGUUCCAAAACCAUAAAGCAAGAGAACGUAAAAAACGCCACCGUCAACUGAUCAGUAAGACUCCCAAUGAACUGCAACAAUGUGAUACCUAUAGCUUGGAGAAAAAGGAAUCAGCAGGGUUUCAUAUCAAUGCAUGGAAGUGCAAAAAGUGGAGGAAACGAGUGGAUGCAAAUUCACGACAAGGAACUACGCUUGGAGCUGUCUUGUUCGGCAACAGCUUCAUCGGACACCGGAUAUUUAUGUCCACCCAAACCCCACCAAGAAAAUAUUACCACUCUCGAAGAAUAAAACAGAAAAGAGCAGACCCUCGAGCUGCUUCCCCUUGGAACCGCCAUUAA